AUGCUCCCUGUCGUCCUCAUCUUGGGUGCCAAUGGCUAUACCGGCGUACCCAUAGUGGAUGUCAUCUUGAAACGUGGCGAAACAAAAGUAAAAGUCUUAGGCCAAGAGAAGAGCUUAUCGGAUCCAAAGAAACGGGGCGUCUUUGAUGCAUUCAAAGCUAAAGGUGCCGAGGUCUGUGUUGGUUCAAUCCAAGAUCUAGACUCAUUAAAGAAGGCUCUUGUUGGGGUCGACAUUGUUCUGUCAAUGGUGGGAUCUGGUUUAAUUUUGGAUCAAAUUGAACUUGUCAAGCUAGCUAAAGAAGCUGGAGUCAAAAGGUUUAUACCAAGUGAUUUCUCUACGUAUUGCCCGCCAGGUCUCAUGGCUAUGCAAGACAAGAAAUAUAUGGUGCACGACGCAAUCAAGGAGAUUGGUUUACCAUACACAUUCAUAAACAUUGGGUCAUGGUAUGACCUAAUGCACCGUGAAAUCGACGGCAUGGGACUCGCAUACGAAGAGGAGAUGCUGGGUUUGAAACCAAAAUCUGUCUUUGAUGUGUAUCCCAACCAGGAUGUGCUGAAUGCCGGCACGUAUCUACCGGACGUUGGCGAGAUGGUUGCAAGAAUCAUUGUGGACCCACGUACAUUAAACCAGUACGUCAUGGUCACUGGAGAUGCAGUGAGCUGUAACCAGAUGGCUGCUUCUUAUGAGAGGGUUACUGGAAGAAAGCUGACAAGGAAUGUUAUGGAUCCAGCAGCUCAUUUAGCUCGUAUUAAGGUCAUAAGAGAGGAGAUUGGACCCAUUGAGAAGAAUCCAUCAUUAUCUGCUGAGCUCAAGUUACGAGAGUAUGCACAAACUCGGUGGAUUCGUGGUGAUAAUGAUCCUGCUAAAUUACCAUCGUAUGUGCUCAAAGCUUCAGAUCUGUACCCAGACUACAAGUUCAAGAAGUGGGAUACGUGGAUUGAAGAAAAGCACGCUAGCAACAAGUUGUAG